AUGGCAUACCAGGUGCUGUCCAUACAGGAAUCGGAAUAUCAGGUGCUGUCCAUACAGGAAGCGGCAUACCAGGUGCUGUCCAUACAGGAUGUGGCAUACCAGGUGCUUUCCAUACAUGUGAUGGCAUACCAGGUGCUGUCCAUACAGGAGUUUGCAUACCAGGUGCUGUCAAUACAGGAGGUGGCAUACCAGGUGCUCUCCAUACAGAAAGCGCCUUACCUGGUGCUGUCCAUACAGGAGAUGGCAUACCAGGUGCUGUCCAUACAGGAGGUGGCAUACCAGGUGUUGUCCAUACAAGAGUUUGCAUACCUGGUACUGUCCAUACAGGAGGUGGCAUACCAGGUGCUGUCCAUACAGGAGGUGGCAUACCAGGUGCUGUCCAUACAGGAGGUGGCAUACCAGGUGCUGUCCAUACAGGAGGUGGCAUACCAGGCGCUGUCCAUACAGGAGGUGGCAUACCAGGUGCUGUCCAUACAGGAGGUGGCAUACCAGGUGCUGUCCAUACAGAAGGUGGCAUACCAGGUGCUGUCCAUACAGGAGAUGGCAUACCAGGUGCUGUCCAUACAGGAAGCGGAAUAUCAGGUGCUGUCCAUACAGGAGGUGGCAUACCAGGUGCUGUCCAUACAGGAUAUGGCAUACCAGGUGCUGUCCAUACAGGAGUUUGCAUACCUGGUGCUGUCCAUACAGGAGGAGAUUGCAUACCAGGUGCUGUCCAUACAGGAGUUUGCAUACCAGGUGCUGUCCAUACAGGAAUUUGCAUAUCAGGUGCUGUCCAUACAGGAGGUGGAAUAUCAGGUGUUGUCCAUACAGGAGGCGGCAUACCAGGUGCUGUACAUACAGGAGUAG